GUGGUCGUCUUCUGAAGGAUGCCUGGCGCAAUUGCUCAUCGCCAGUCAGGAUUAUCUACGUGGUUUCCUCAACAAUUUUUAUGAUGAAUUGGAAGAUGAGGCUCGCGAGGUUGAAGCUGGCGCCUUAGUUGGUCUCAAGUCCCAUGCUUCGGUGCUGCCAUGGCAUUGCCCCGAGGCUUUGGCCCGCGCGGCUGAGUCGAAGGUUGAGGAAGCAGAGCACAUGAUGGAGAUGGGCCUGGUGCGGCCUCCGAUGAUACGCCACGUGGGUCCUCAAGGCCCUCACGGCCCUCAAGGCCCUCAAGGAAGGCACGCCAUGGAAAGCGCCAUGGAAAGAGAGCCCUCCACAGAGGAUGAUGUUGAGAUUGAAGAGCCCGAGGAGAUCCCAGAGCCAAAGAAAAGCCUCCACAAGUUUCAGGCUCCUCGCGAUCUUGGCUUCGGUCCACAUGUCCCUCUUCCCGCCCGGUACUGCUCCGCCGUGAGUGCGAAAGCGCCGACGGGCUGGUCGCUGGAGCCACCGGUGAAGCCGUUGAGCUCUCAGGACAAAGCUUCGGAGAUCCGUAGGGUGCUGGUGAGCUAUGACCUGCAGCAGGGCAUCAAGACGAUUGCAACCGAAUUGCAGUCGCGUGCAGCUGCUCGUGCCUCAGCAGCUGGUGAGACCUCUGGUGCUGCCCGUCCAGCUGGGCAACAGUCAUUAGAGGACAGUGCAAAGCUGCCUGCAGUGGAAGAUGCGAAAAAGAUGGAGGAGGAAUCGCUCCAUGAGGAGUUUGGUAUUCAUGCUCAGUCAGAUGAAGUGCAGGCUGGAAUGGAAGGUGGACCGAAUGCAAUGGAACUUUUGUUUGGGGAUGUCGACGAUGAGGCUUUAUUUGGAGGCAGCCCCAAUGCAGAAUUAGAACAACCAGUUUUUGAAGGAGCAAAGAGCCAAGGCGUGAGUUUUGUGGAUGCAAGUGCGCCUCCAAAACCUUUUGAUGGCAAUUUUUCCCAUGUGGGCAAAACUGCACCUGACCCAGUCAUUUCAGAAGCUAUCCGUUUGACCGACAAGAAGCCGGUGCUCUUCCCUUGGGAGAAAGGUCGCAUGGCAAAGAUUUUUGGCGAUCGAGGCAGACUUGAUGCUAAGAUGCCAAAGCUCCAUGCCAGCAGCAAUAGCUUCGUGAAGGUUGACGUCGAAGUGCGUGAGGGGAUGCAAUGCUCUGCAGCCGUUGGUGUCAGGCCCACCAGGACUGAGAAUGCCAUCUACUCCACAGUGGUCAAACAGGUCAUUGGAGGGUCCUAUUUGGAGGAAAGGAGCGCCAAGAGAGAUGUGGCAGUGAGGUCUUGGUGGGACCUAUUACGAAUGGAUAUGACUUGCAGUGAGCCAGGGAAAUUUGCACUUGCUGAAAAGGGCUUACACGACAAGUACCGAUGUGGCAUUGAGACGAUUGACGCAUCACUGGGUGUGAAAAGCCCGAAUACAGUGAUGAAACGCUUCUACUCGGUCAAGACCUAUAAUACCUGGGUUAUUCGGCAAUCAGGUAAGUCUUGGCUUCCAGUUGAAGAGAAGAUGGUUUGGAGCUACUUCAAAGCGUUGAGGGCUGAGAAGGCUCCAGCGACUCGAGCCACGUCUUUGCUUGAAGCGCUGAGGUUUUGCCAUUUUGUCUUCAAAGCUGAAGGUUGUGAAGAGACUCUUGCUAGCCUUAGAGUCAGGGGCUUAGCAGCACAGCUUUAUGCAUGCAAGCGUCCAUGGAAGCCUGCAGACCCCCUGACAGUUUCAGAUGUGCAAUUCCUUCACAAAGCCAUGGAAGAUGAAAAGCGCAGCUUGGUGGACAGGAUUUUCAUCGGCCACCUGCUUCAUAUGGUUUAUGCUCGUGCACGCUUCUCGGACUUGCUGGCAUCUGUGAACUGCGCACUGGAUGAGGAGUGCAUGUUCCUCGAGUUGCAGGCGACGGUCCAUAAAGGAUCUCGAACCGCCAUGACAAAGGCGAUGCUUCUUCCAGUGGUGGCUCCGGCUCUUUCUGGAUGGUGGCACAGUACAUCGGCUCAGGGUCCAACGGCCUUGUACUCUCGCGACCUGAUCACUGCAGCACUGAGGAGCCUCAUUGUGGUGUUGGAAGCCAUCAGGGCUUUGACAUUUUUUCCAGAUAGAUCGCGGUCUGGGAUGAUCACACCGGUUCCUGCUCCAAAGGCGCCGAGUGGCUCCACCCCUAUGCCGGCUACGUCCUUUGUGAUGGCAGGCACUGGGGGUCAUGCAGAACGAAGUCCUGGAGGUGCAAGCAUUGUGCCUUCGCCUGAGAGCCCACUGCCAGAGACUCCGAACUCCUGGCAGCGUAUUGAGUGGCCUGAGCAAGAUGAUGCAGAACAGGUCCAUGAGGAUGCAGUGGCCCCUGAUUUGCUUGGGGACUGGAAUUGUGCCUCUUCAGACUCCAGUCAAGAGUCCAGCUCUGACAGUGAUGUGGAAGUACAGUGGGAGCAGGUUGAUCUCAAUGAACCGGCUUCCCAACCAUCUGCUGCUGCCAGGGUCAAGUGGUACAUCAAUGGAAAGACCUUGGUCAACCACGAAAGGCAUGUGUGCUUUAAAGCAGGUUGCUUCAAAGCGCAUUCCUUUAAAGAUGGACAUCCUGACGAAGCCAACGUCACUAAGGUAACCAUUGCAAGGGUCAGAGCCGAAUUCUUUGCCAAAUGGACCAAGAGAGCUGUACAGUUGGACAUGGAUGAGAAAGCCCUUAAGGCUGGCAUGCAUGCAGAUGUGGCGCGUGCAGAGUUGGUCACGCAGAUAUGGAAAGUGGGGGAGAAGGCUGCGUGA